AUGGCUGUCAAGAGUCUUGUUCCCGUUUUUUGUCUGGCUGCCUCUGUAGCUGCCAACGCUAUUUCGAGAUCUACAACCAUUUCUUUUGAUCAUAACAUUGUAGCUGAAGCGGGAGGAGUGCACAAUGUGCAAAUUACUUACAACAGUCCACUGGACGGAGAGCUAUCACUUCACUACGGCUCUUGUGAAUCGCAGACCACCGAUGAUUGUCAUCAUGAAUUGGGCAGGACAUCUGUCGGAACACACGCAUUAGCACGACGACACGAAGCACAUGCUGACCAAAGACCCACGAGAUUUGUCUGGCUCCCGCCAAGCGACAUCACGUCUGGAGGAUGUCUUCAUGCAUUUUCGGGUGCAACGCUCGUCGGACGAUCUUCCCCGGUCACUGUACAAUCAAGGAAGCAGAAGAGAUGGCUGGCAGCUGCCGAUAUUAUGGAUGCAGAGGGACCUUGGUUCGACGGCGUUGCAUAUUUGCAGGAGAAGGAGCCUGAUGAGAGGUUCGUUGCAGCAGCAAAGUCGAAGACUAUUGGCAUUCUGGGUGGAGGUAUGUCUGGCCUAAUGACAUCUCACCUACUGGAAAGCGUCGGCUUCCACAACUGGAAAAUCAUCGAAGCAAGUCAACGCAUUGGCGGGCGUGUGCACACGAGCUAUCUGAAUGGCACCAAACCAAGUGACUAUCAAUAUCAAGAGAUGGGACCCAUGCGAUUCCCAGUCAGCAUUACCUAUGACGAUCCUGCCGAGACCAUUCAAAUCAACGAUCAUCGCAUGGUCUUCCAGCUUGCAGACGAGCUCAACAAGCAAAAUGGGAACAAGUCCGAAUAUGCUGUGAAUUUCAUCCCAUGGAUCCAGUCGGCGGCAAACGACCCGUCGAGCACCUCAAGGCGUAGGCCGGAUGGCACUGUUCCAGGAACGGCAGAAGUCGCAACCAACCCAGCAUACUCCACCAACGCCAACUCCUCCUAUUCGAAUGCCACUGCAGUGACAGAAGCGGGAGCAGCUUACGAUGAAUGGAUGGGCUUGGACAGAGAAGCGUUCCGCGCCAUUGCAACUAAUGUUUACCAAGCGCACAAAUGGAGCGUAGAAAAUGGAUACUUCCAUUUCAGCGAAGCCGGGUAUCUCAACUACGCCCUCGGUCUCGACGCCAACAUUACAGAUCAGGUCGACGACAUCGCAGAUACUGAUGCGGCCUGGGCAUACGACUCCGUAUAUUUCUCUGCCACGGAAUGGCGCACAAUCGACCAGGGCCUCUCCCGUCUUCCCCACGCUUUCACUCCCGCCGUAGAAGGCCGCAUCCAAUACAACACCACCGUACAAGGCCUCUCAUGGAACUCAGAAACCAAAAAAAUGUCCGUCCAAUACCGCAACAAAGACCUCUUCUCCCCAACCCCAGAAUCCCAAGAAUUCGACUACAUCGUCGUCGCCGUCCCCUUCAGCAAAGUCCGCCUCUGGCGUCUCCCCUCCUACACCAACCUCCUCACCCGCGCCAUUGCUCGACUAAACUACGACCCCUCCUGCAAAGUCGCCCUCCACUACAAAACCCGUUUCUGGGAACACCUCGAAAACCCGAUCAUCGGCGGCUGCGGCUCAACCAACAUCCCCCAAAUCAGCAGCAUCUGCUACCCAUCCUACAAAAUCAACUCCACCGGUCCCGGCGUAAUCCUCGGCUCCUACAUCUCCGGCACAGGAGCCCGCUCCGUCGGCUCCAUGACCGAAGAACAACACGUCGCACACGUGCAACGCGCCAUGGUCGAAGUGCACGGCAAAAUUGCCGCGGAACAAUGGACGGGGAAUUACGAUAGGAUUUGUUGGGAGCAUGAAGAAUUUCAAGCUGGAGCUUGGUGUGGGCCGAUUGUAGGACAACAAGAUCUUUAUUUACCGGCUUAUUUUCAUACGGAGAAACAUACGGUUUUUGUGGGCGAGCAUACGAGUUAUACGCACGCUUGGAUUUUUUCGGCGUUGGAUAGUGCUGUGAGGGGCACGACGCAGUUGUUGUUGGAUAUGGGGCUUGUGGAUGAAGCGAAGGAGAUUGUGAAUUUUUGGAUGGCGAGGUGGAUUGAUUUGUAG